AUGGCUGUUAACAUUAUUGGAGCAGUCGCGGGUGUAAUGAGCUGUCUCUGUGCACAUAACUGUUUCCAUGAAUCUCUUGGCCAUCAGAUUAGGCACCUUAGAAGACCCAAAAGGAACUUGAACAAGCUCAAAUCAUUGAAGGAAGAGUUAGAUGCCCGGAAGGUGGAUGUGUGCACCAAGCUAAAUCAAAUGUGGCUUCAAAAGGGGAUGAAUCCCAAGUCAGCAGUAGAACUGUGGCUUAAAAAUGUUGAUAAGAUUGCAAGUGAAAUAAAUGAACUCACCAGGAAAAUUGAACAAAAUGGACCCUCACCAAUUUAUAUUUGUUCAAGGAUGAAGUUGGGGGAACUUAUUGAGAAAAAGAUCUUCGAGGUGAGAGAGGUUCUAGAGAAGGGUCAGUUUGCUGAUGAUAAUACAUUGGCUGAAACUUCACCCAGAAAAGGGCAUCCUCUUCCCAUUGCAAGGUUGAUGGAACAUGGAUCAACCAUGAUAAGUUUAAACAGAAUUUGGAACUACAUAAUGGAUGAUAGAGUGAGAAAAAUUGGUGUUUAUGGGAUGGGAGGAGUGGGAAAAACCACAAUCAUGACUGAAAUCAACAACAGUCUACUAAGAGAGAAUAGACUUUUUGAUAGUGUUAUUUGGGUUAGUGCUUCAAAGGAAAUGAUCCAUGAGCAAUUACAAAAGAUUAUUGCUGAGAAGUUUGAUAUGGAUCUUUCAGGAUUUCAGGAUGAAACUACAAGAGCUGCUGCACUCUUUGAAGCUUUUGAAAGAAGGAAAAGAUUUGCCUUGAUUCUAGAUGAUCUAUGGGAACCAUUCUCUCUUGAAAGAGUUGGAAUACCCAUUCCAACCAUAGAGAAUGGUUGCAAAUUACUAAUAACUACUCGAAAGUUAAGUGUUUGCCGAGGCAUGGAAACAGAUAGGGAUGAGAAGGUGAAGGUUCUUGCAGACAAUGAAGCUUGGGAUCUCUUCAGGGACAAAGUUGGAGAUGUGGCAUUGGCCUCGCCAGAUAUACAAAGACUUGCAAAACAUGUGGCACAAGAAUGUAUGGGUUUGCCUCUUGGUAUUGUUACUGUGGGGCGUGCCUUGAGAAAUGCAACUGAUAUUUCAGAAUGGGAGAUUUCAUUGAUGGCUUUAAAAGCUUCAACUGUCAAUAUAGAACAAAUGGAAGAAUCAGUUUUUUCUCGUUUAAAGUUCAGUUUCACAAAAUUGAAGGAUGACACAAGUAGAUCUUGCUUUCUUUUCUGUGCUCUGUACCCAGAAGGUGAUCACAUUGAUACAAAUGAAUUGAUUGAAUAUUGGAUGUGGGAAGGUAUACUAGGUACUAUGGAUAACAUAGCAGCAAGCAAACAAAAGGGGAGAAUAAUUUUGAAUGAACUGAAAUAUGCAUGCAUGUUGGAAAAUGCCACUGAAAAUGCAGUGGAAUGUGUCAAAAUGCAUGACUUAAUAAGAGAUAUGGCCAUUACUAUCAUGAGAACAGAUCCUUGUUGGCGCUGCAUUGUCAAAGCAGGCAGUGGACUGACAAAACCUCCACAUAUUGAUGAGUGGAUAGAAGAUGUUCAAAGGGUAUCACUAAUGAAAAAUGACUUGAAAAAUAUCUAUCUUGGCAAUCCUCCAGUGUGUUCAGGUGUCACUUCCUUGUUAUUGCAAUACAAUUCUUUUGCUCAAAAUAUGCCAUAUAAUUUCUUUGAUUUCAUACAAAGCCUAAAAAUUCUUGAUCUCUCUUACACUGGAUCGAUUCCCUGCCUGGAUCGGUUUCUAACUUGGUGA